UCUCAGAGCACAUCUCCUCCACCCCCACCCCCCAGACCUCUCACACACCCACGCGCAGGCGCUCCAGCCCCCUCCAAUGGCCGCCGCUGCCGCCCCCCGCCGCUGCUCCCAACCCUAACCCUAGCCGCAGCCUGUUUCCACAGCCCGCGUCCAUGGCCGCGCUCCACGUUUUCUUGCUUCUGCUGGUGUUCGGCGGCGGCGGCAGCGGCGCCAGGGGCGACGACGUGUCCGCGCUGCUCGAGUUCAAGAAGGGCAUCUCGGACCGGCGGCGCGACCCGGUGCUGGGAUCCUGGUCGCGGCCGGACGCGCCCGAGGCCGGCGCCGGCGGGGGCGCGUGCCCCGCGCGGUGGCGCGGCGUGGUGUGCGACGGCGGCGCCGUCGUCGCCAUCGCGCUCGACGGGCUCGGCCUCGCCGGGGAGCUCAAGGUGGGCACGCUCGCCGGCAUGCGCGGCCUGCAGAACCUCUCCCUCGCCGGCAACGCCUUCUCCGGCCGCCUGCCCCCCGCCAUCGGCUACCUCUCCUCGCUGCGCCACCUCGACCUCUCCGGCAACCGCUUCUACGGGCCCAUCCCCGGCCGCCUCGCCGACCUCUCCGGCCUCGUCCACCUCAACCUCUCCUACAACAACUUCACCUCCGGCUUCCCCACCGAUGGGAUCCGGGAGCUGCAGAACCUGCGCCGCAUCGACCUCCGCCGCAACUCCUUCUGGGGCAAUGUCAGCGAUCUGCUCGCCGAGCUCCGCAACGCCGAGCACAUUGAUCUCAGCGACAACCAGUUCACCGGGGCCGUCGAUUUGGAGCUCGCCAGCCUGACCAGCAUCGGGAACACGGCCAGGUACAUGAACCUCAGCCACAACAGGCUGGCCGGCGGCUUCUUCAGGAACGAGACCGUGGGGGCGUUCAAGAACCUGGAGGUCCUUGAUUUGAGCAACACCGGGAUCGCCGGGAUGGUUCCGAGGCUCGAUUCGUGGUUCUCACUGUCGGUCUUCAGGGUGGCCGGUAAUGGCCUCUUUGGGAUGAUGCCUGAGACACUCCUGCAUAAUUCGAUGCGGCUUCUCGAGGUCGAUCUCAGCCGGAACGGCUUCUCAGGAUCAGUGCCAGUUGUGAACUCUACGACUUUGAAAAUGUUGAAUCUCUCUUCGAAUGUGCUAUCAGGUUCAUUACCAGCCACUGUCGGCAAGUGUGUCUCAGUUGAUCUGAGUGGGAACCUGCUUUCUGGGGAAUUAGCUAUUUUGCGUUCUUGGGAUAGCGUAGUGGAGGUGAUUGACUUGAGUUCAAACAAGCUGGAGGGGAGCUACCCGAAUGAUGCCUCUCAGUUUCAGAACUUAGUUACCCUGAAGUUGCAGAACAAUUCGUUGAAGGGAUCUGUCCCUUCAGUGUUGGGAACCUAUCAAAAGCUAUCUUUCCUUGAUCUCAGUCUGAAUGCACUUGGUGGCCCUGUUUUGCCUGUUUUUAUUCUGUCGCCUACUCUUACAGUGUUGAACCUUUCUGGAAACAACUUCUCUGGGACUAUUCCAUUUCAGAGCCCUCAUUCAACAGAGUCCAUAAUGCUAUCUUCUCAACCUUCUCUCAAGAUUGUUGAUCUGUCCAGCAAUUCUUUAUCUGGUCAGUUGCCACCAGAAAUUUCUAACCUGCAAAGACUUGAGUCCCUUACUCUUGCGAUGAACGAGUUGUCUGGCGAGAUACCAGAUGAGAUAAACAAGCUUCAAGGAUUGGAGUAUCUUGAUCUAUCUCACAAUCACUUCAGUGGCAGAAUUCCUGAUAUGCCUCAGGCUGAUUUGAAGAUGUUCAAUGUAUCUUACAAUGAUCUACGAGGAACUAUUCCUAAAAGUCUUGAGAAGUUUCCCAUAACUUGCUUUAGACCCGGAAAUGACUUUCUAAUUUUCCCAGAUGGUCUGCCUGCUCCAAAUAAUGGCGAUGGUGGACUUGCACAGAGUCGAGCGUCUCAGUCUCAUGGACAUAAGGCUGGUGUUAAAGUUGCAGUCAUAGUUGGCUGCAUUGGAGGUGUCUUGCUCGUGAUCUUCAUAGUAUUGGCAAUCUAUGUGGUGAGGUCUCAAGAGCUUUGUGGAAGAAACGGAUUUAGAGGCCAGAUUACUCUCAGAGAUCUAAAGCUGGGGAAAUUAAGCCGUCCAAAUUUAUUCAAGAGUCCAAAAGAUAAUGUCAUUCCAACCAAGACAAGUUUCUCAAAUGACCAUCUCUUAACAUCUGCAGCUCGAUCAAUGUCUGCUCAGAAAGAGCUAUUGGCUGAGGCUGCUGUUGAAUAUGGAUAUGCUGAUCCAAAGGAAGUCGUCGAAUCUACAAGCUCUGGUGUGACUGAGACCUCAGCUGCAGCAUCUGUUCGGGAGUCUUCUCCUCGGUCUGCGUUGCCAUCAUCACCACAUUUUCUUGAUUCUAGAUUCCAUGAGGAACCUGUGACUUUUGAAGUGUAUUCACCAGACCGGUUGGUUGGAGAGUUGAUUUUCCUAGACAACACCUUAGUUUUCACAGCUGAAGACCUGUCCCGUGCUCCAGCAGAGGUUCUUGGAAGGAGCAGUCAUGGUACAACGUACAAAGCAGCACUACAAAGCGGGCAUGUCCUGACAGUGAAAUGGUUGCGUGUUGGUCUUGUAAAGCAUAAAAAGGAGUUCACUAAGGAGAUAAAAAGGAUUGGCACCAUCAAGCAUCCGAAUAUAAUUUCAUGGAGAGCGUUCUAUUGGGGGCCGAAGGAGCAAGAAAGAUUAAUUAUUUCUGACUAUGUCAAUGGCGAUAGCUUGGCACUAUACCUUUAUGAGUCUACUCCUAGAAGAUACUCCCGCCUGUCAGUCUGUCAACGGCUCAAGAUUGCAAUUGAUCUGGCUCGUUGCCUCCAGUUCCUACACCAUGAGAAGGGCCUGCCUCAUGGCAACCUGAAGCCCACUAAUAUAUUCCUGACCGGUCCUGACCUCUCUCCGAAGCUGGUUGAUUACUGUCUGCAUCGGUUCACGACUCCAAGCGGUAUUGCCGAGCAAAUACUGAAUCUAGGAGCAUUGGGGUACCGAGCCCCAGAGCUGGCAAACACGGCCAAGCCUACGCCGUCGUUCAAGGGCGACGUGUACGCGUUUGGCGUGGUCAUCCUAGAGAUGUUGACGCGGAAGAGCGCGGGGGACAUCAUCUCGGGGCAGUCUGGCGCGGUGGACCUGACGGACUGGGUUCAGAUGUGCAACAGGGAAGGGCGGGGGACUGACUGCUUUGACCGGGACAUCGCCGGGUUGGAAGAGUCGCCGAGGGUGAUGGACGAGCUGCUCGCCAUCUCCCUCCGGUGCAUUCUUCCUGUAAAUGAGAGGCCUAACAUGAAGACUGUCUGCGACGAUUUGUGCGCCAUAACAGCGUGAGCUUCCCCGCAUUUUUUUCCUUUCUUCAUCAGUUCACCAGUGUACAUGUAACCGAUUUUUCUCCUCGUCGUCGUCGUGCAUCCCAAAUCUUUUUUCUGUGGGUUUUCCAGAGCCCUGUAGGCAGGGUUUGUUUGAUUGGUGACUCUUAGUGUAAAAAGAGGAUUUGAUCCCGUCCGUCCAUUGAUUGAUUGAUACCAUUGCCAUCCUGUC